CUCGUGCCCACCGUUGCGAUCUCGCCGCGGUGCCAGAGAGAGUGCGAGUGCCUGCGGCUGUCGACGUUCUCGUACCGGAAGACGCUGUGUUGCCAAAAUCGGAGCUUGAGGUUCUGCUGUUCAACCUGAAGUUUGUGCUGGUGCCCGUGUCGCCCAGCCACGCCGCUGUCCGAGGCUGUCGUUGUCGCUGUCGUGGCAUCGGCAUUGUGGGCCACGGGCAUUGAUGAUACUGACACUUGAUAUCGCGGUCCAGGUCCAGGUCCAGAUCCAUCCCCGUUUCAUCAAUCUCCAUGUCCAUCUCCGUCGCCGUCUGCAUUCCCAUGUCGACGUCAUUGGGCCCACGACACACUCGGUAAGCAACACGACCAUCGUCGUUCAAGUCCUGUCCCUGUCGCUGCCCCUGUCGCGACGGUCUCCAAUAUGCGUCGUCCAAUCUCCGCGUAGUCGCAACCGAGCCUGAGGAAAGCAAAGGCGGCAAUGGCGAGCAGCCGUCCUGCAGAUUGUCCAUUUCCCAGUCCAGGUCGAAGUUGGCAUUAUUGAACUUGACCUGAAGGCUGUCGGGGUGUAGGUCGUCGUACUGGUCCAGAAUCACCGGCUCGACGGCGGCCAUCUCUUUGUCUUCGCAUCUCCAGGAAUCGAAAUAGGACGACCAGCUGUCGGUCGGUGUGGGCGUCGGCGUUGAAGGAUAGCCAAAACGAGACAUGAUGCGAGAGUGUCAAGGAACGGAUAGAGGAGCUCUCCUCCGGGUCGAUAGAGGCACAGCCAGUGGCAGUAUAUCAAAGAGAGUGAUGGUUGAAGUAGGCAAUGUGGUAUACACAACACCAACACCAUAAAGCUAAAGGAAUGGAAGGCUACACUGGUGUCUCUGGCCAGAGGAGAUUCUGAAUGAUUGUCUCUGUUCUUUGCGACUUAUCAAGAACCCAAAGCAAAGCACAACCGGCUGGCAUAUCCAGUCCUUUUCGUCCCACCACCACCACCCGGUCUCAUUCUCGUCAGCCUUCCCGAAGUGCCCGUGAUAGCACGCCAGGAUCAUCAGCGCCGGUCUCCUUGGGCGCGCAGCCUCUUGCAAGCAUGAAUACCAGCACCGCAGCGAGCACAGACGACGGCGGGAUGGCUGGGUGGAUACAUCUCCAGAAAGUUGGUUACCCCUGGGCCACAAUCGCAGAUCGUCUGUACAGAGAGUUGCAAUCCGAGGCAAGGGGGAGCCUCACGUGUAAAGCUGUCAACACCCAUGACUCGUACCAUAGAAUUGGUCCUCGACAUCCUACUGGUCACACAGAAAACGAUUAAGGUACCAGGUAUCCAGCAGGACGCACCGUGGAACUUGAACUCGGCACAAAAUACAAGCAGUUCGUACAAACUGUCUCCACCAAGAAGCCACACGGUCAACGCCUGUUCAAGGCACGUCACUUGGCGCAAGGAAAGCAAGCCUCCUGCAUGGUCUAUUGGCAGUUUGGUUCAUAACGCACUGGCAUUUACCAUUUCUUCCCGGGCAUCUGGGCCACUUUGAUUGACGUCUCCGUAUGUCAACCAGGACGGAUGUUAGGCUCGAAAUCGGGAGACUGGGCUUUGAUCGAUCUCGGUUCCAGAGGUUGAUUAUGUUGAGCACCUGUCUCUCCGUUCCCGUUGGGCUCAUAUCCUAGCCAGCGAGUUUCUUCUUCACCAAGUUCAUGAAGUCUACGAAAACUCACUUCAGCCCCUGACAAGGCUGUGUACCAGCCUGGUCUGUGCUGUACCUUUUUCACACACCCCUUUCCUCGUGUGCGCUGGAGCUUUCACAUACAUACUAUACUAGCCAGGACGCAGAGGAUGACGCCUCUCACGGCGAGCACUUUGUAAAGCACGGCCAAACCGAAUUUUGUCCAUUCGAUCGCCGGAUUCCUUGGGGUGGCUUGCCGUGCUGUCAAAAACAAGUCAUCCGACACUCUGAUGUGAUCCCGAUUAGUGACAUGCCUCACCUGCAAUUUCCAGGCCAUGUCGUUCGUGGCAAGUCGCGCUCGAACGCCCGAUCCCACGAUCUCGCGCCACACGUUCGACACUUUAUGGUCUUAACUCCGUCCGAUUCCAUCGUCGUCCAUCAGACGCGGUGUGGUGUGCUCGACGCGUCUUGAGUGUUUACGUCGUACUAUGUCUUUUUCGAGCCAACAUCGUCUGAUAUGGCAUCCAGCACUGGCACACUGCAUUCCAGCAAACUACUUGGCAUCACCUCCACGACAUCACGUCUACAACGUUGUAUACGGAACGCCCUCCUCCGCCGACACAUUUGGUAUUGAUCAGCAAAGCAUCCGAGUCUGGAUGCUUCUCUGCGAUCUCCUGCAGUGGCAUGGCACCUCUGACAGAUGAAAGCUGUCAAAUCGAGCACAGCACACGACAUUCCUCGAAAAAAUGCGACUGCCUCAAUGGAUGUAAGUCAAAUGCAAGCAUACAGGUACAUACCACAAACACGGCUAUCGAUGGCAUGCUGCAAGUUGUGUACCGCGUCGAUCGAUCGAUCAAUUAUAACGUACAACACUUCCAGUGGACGCGCCACCAGGCAUUGAAGCAUCCUGACCGUGAUGCCGAUAAGGUUUCCUGUCUACCUUACCUACCUUAGGAAACGGGACGAAAGGGAUCCAUCGCGAGACACCCUAAUAAACGGCAAGUCAGACCGUUGCGAGGUGGCGUCUGCUUCAAGCGGCACAGGCACAGAUGGAGAGGCUGGCCCACCCCGCCAUCGAUAUCAUGUCCAUGAUUAUGCGUUCCAAACUCAAUUCUACCGACUGAACAUGGCGACUGAUAGAUACCAGGUACGUGUACCUGGUAUGUGUCGAGGUUUGUUUCGAUACCUACUUGGACGUGGCGUCCCCCAACCGACCUACCUCAGGUACCUAGUCAACUAUCCAUCCCUUUCCAAGAGGAGGAAUGUACGACAUGUAGGAGCCAAGGUAUGAUCCCCAUAUCCAAUCCUCAUCUGACAAAGCAUCCUUGGAGCGCAAUGGACCACUCCUAUGGCUGUACUCCGUGCAAUGCAUUGAACAGCCGUAUCAGCGUAUCACGACAAGGCAAGGCUCUCGAAGACGGGCCCUCGCAACUGCAGAACAAGCCACCACAAGCCCAUCCCGCCACGCCACGCUACAGCCGACCGAUGAACACAGUCCGGCCAGUGCUUCCCGUAAGUUGGAGUUGUUCAAGUUCCUGUCCUGUGCUGCACUGCGGUGGGCUGCCGGUGUGCACCAAACCUAAACCAUAAAUACAUUAUGUCCGUGGUAGCUACUGGCAGCAAACUGUCUCCCUGCCACUUCUUGUCGAGUACAUACAGCUUCCAAGGACUAGGGCCACAGAGCGGCUCUCAUCUCCGAAGGGUACCUUAGCUCCCUGGCCAUCCUGUUCCUACCCAACUCCUGGUAGGUAGUUAGGUACGUUAGGUGCAGUAGUCAAUACGAGGUUUUUUCAACGGUCG